CGGAGGCCAUGUCCACGAGAGAGAGAGAGACUUACCUGGGCGCCAUAGCUGGGACCUCAUACCGGUCAUGGGACCGGCCUUCAGCAGCGACCUGCAUCGGGAGUCGUCACCUUUGCUGGCUCUUAUAGAGGAUCUGGUAUAUGAGCUACGGAUCUGGAAGGACGGCGGUGAAUACACCGAUAAAGAUGUGAGGGACAUUCUGGAGACCAUUUGUGAUGCAGCGGAGAUGCGAUACAGGAAACCAGCAAUAAUGGUCCAGACCUGCACAGACAUAAUAUCGGACUACGAGUACGAGAUUGUACAGGCUUUUGUCAAUCAGAUGUUAAGUUCUGAAAACGGGCAGUCGCUUGAGAUAUCUGCAAAGAUCAGAAUCUGCAGUGAAGUAGCAGGCCACUGUGACAAAGAGGAGUUUGGUCCCUUCGGGAGGCCGCGAAAAUUUGAAGCUCGUUUCGACGCGGAGGAUGACUCCGACUCCGACUCCGACUCAGAUUCUGAGGGUAGCACUGAUUCACUGGAAGGCAUAUUGAUGAGUUGGCAAGAUAUUGGUGUUGCGCUGAUGAGCGCUGGACUCAGGGAAACUUUGAAACACUUUGAGGAUCCUGCGAUUCUGGUGGAUGCGUCGGAGUCGGAGUCGGAGGAGGAAGAGUCUCUCGCGUUGACUGAAGUGGAGAAGGAAUUCCACGCUAGGCUGUUAGCCCAGGGUAGGAAUGAGAAGGCAAAGGUGAUCGCCAGUAAUCAGAAAGCCGUAGUUAACAGGUUCACCCGUAAUGCCUUUCUCCCCGCAGUCACGAGUAGAUGGGUGGAAGCCCAAUCGAGGGAGGUUGGCGACAAAUUGUGGGACCUUCUCACCUUCAACUACGCCGCUCCCAUCCAUGAGGACUCAUACCGAUUCCUUGCCUCUCUCACGGAGGAGGAAAUGAAGAAGUGCAAUGAAAAGGCACUCACAAAAAGUAUGGAGCUGAUCAGAGGAGAUCACCCCCUGACUCCUGACAACAUGAAGCUGCCUGUAGUUGGGGACUUUGAUGCUACUAAAUGCGCUGUCUCCCCCUGCAUGUUACAGGUUAGAGGGUUCAUGGGUCAUAGGGUCCAGACGGCAAUUGUGGAAUUGAAACGGCUUUGGAAUGUUGGUCGUCCCUUCCUCAAAUGUCAAUGUAUCCUCCUGGAUAGAGGUGACUGUGGUAAGAAUAUCUCAUGGUUCGACAAUGUCUUUUGGUACCUUUUGUCUGAUCUCCAUUAUCUUUUCCCUCAGGCUCCCUCCCUCAGAGCGCGUAUCAGGAUGUUCCGAGCCCUCGCAAAGACAACUUGGAGAGCUCCCGUGCUUGCCUCAGUUGUCUUCACCCACAUGAGGGAGAUCAUGGUCUCCAUGGCUUACAGUGUGGUCAAUGACCCCACUAGAAACCCCCAGAACAUUCUGGAUAACCUUGCUCUCAUGCUGCACAAAUUCCCCAAAACCAUGGCCAAGUUGAUCCUCCCCUCUCGGUACAUCCGCACCACAAGGAAGAAGAGGAAGGAGAGCGUUGGGUCAUUUGCCAGUGUGAAGAAAGCAAGGAUGAGUCAACAGAGUACUCUGGAGUUCUACAUUGCCCCGCCUGCCCAGCAAAUGACUGUCACUCCUGUAAGAGCGGUCGCCGUUGUCGUAGAAGGGACUACUACCCCUCCGGAUUCGUCAGUGACCAUCCAGCAUGCGGGCAAUUUGACUGGAUCCAGCAAGACCAAUGGAAAGAACCCGCGGGGCAGGAUGCUUGCAAAGGGUUCUCUGUUCAAGAGCUGAACGUACUGUCGUGUGCAAUGAUCUGUAUAGGAGUUCGAGGGAGUCAUGACUCGUGAUCCCGCGGGGCGGAAUAAGUGGGUAAAGAGCCCAUUGAACGCA